CUCACUUUCUUACCAAAACAGAAACAACAAUAGAAUUAACAAAUUAUAAAAUGUCGACCCAUCUUAUUUUCUGUUACUCUGUGUAACAUCACUCUUCUUGUCUGCUUCUUAGUUCUUCCCUCUAUUUUUUCUCAGAAUCUCUAAAAUCUCUCUCUCUCUCUCACUAUUCUCUAAUGCUCUAAAGUUUCAACAAUGGCAGCCAUAGCCGUUACUCCCCGCAUUUUUCUCUCUCCUAAUCACAACCGUCGGAUUUCUCCACACUCAUUUCCAACCGUUAAUCUUCGCUCCAAACAACACCUCUCUCUUUCUAUCUCUACUCGUCGCUCUUUCAACUGCUCUGCUGUUUCAUCUCCUUCUCUCGUGAAAAAUUCGUCGGAGUUCGUUGAAGCAGCGAAAAGCGGGAAUUUAAUUCCGUUAUAUCGGUGUAUUUUCUCCGAUCAUUUGACUCCGGUGCUUGCUUAUCGUUGUUUAGUGAAGGAAGAUGAUAGAGAAGCUCCGAGUUUUUUGUUUGAGGCUGUUGAGCCAGGGUUUAAGAACUCUCAUGUUGGAAGAUACAGUAUCGUCGGGGCUCAGCCAAGCAUGGAAAUUGUGGCAAAAGAGAACUUGGUGACGUUGAUGGAUCAUCAUGCAGGGAAGAGGACCGAGGAGUUUGUGGAGGAUCCGAUGGCUGUCCCGAGAAAGAUCAUGGAGGAUUGGAAGCCACAACUAAUUGAUGAACUUCCUGAUGUCUUUUGUGGUGGAUGGGUUGGUUAUUUCUCGUAUGACACAGUUCGUUAUGUGGAGAAGAAGAAACUUCCUUUUUCAAGUGCACCUGAUGAUGACAGGAACCUUCCCGAUGUUCAUCUAGGCUUGUAUGACAAUGUGAUUGUUUUUGAUCACGUGGAGAAGAAAGCUUAUGUGAUACACUGGGUUCGCGUGGAUCGUUUUUCUUCUGCAGAGGAGGCUUACAAUGAUGGAAUUGACCGCCUUGAAUAUUUGCUGUCCAGGGUGCAUGACAUAGUAACUCCCAAGUUGCCCUCUGGAUCCAUUAAAUUACAGACCCGCCUUUUCGGUAGCUCAUUGAAGACUUCAAAUAUGACUAGUGAAGAAUAUAAAGCAGCUGUUUUACAAGCCAAGGAACAUAUCUUGGCCGGUGACAUAUUUCAGAUUGUAUUAAGUCAACGUUUUGAGAGACGAACAUUUGCAGAUCCAUUUGAAGUAUAUAGAGCAUUGAGAAUUGUUAACCCAAGCCCAUAUAUGGGAUAUCUGCAGGCCAGAGGGUGUAUAUUGGUUGCCUCAAGCCCGGAGAUUUUGACUUGUGUCAAAAAAGGGAAGAUCACUAACAGACCUCUUGCUGGAACUAUUAGAAGAGGAAAGACACCAAAAGAAGAUUACAUGCUGGAAAACCAGCUUUUGAAUGAUCAAAAGCAAUGUGCUGAGCACAUAAUGCUGGUUGAUCUGGGAAGGAAUGAUGUCGGAAAGGUCUCCAAAUUUGGUUCUGUGAAAGUUGAAAAGCUUAUGAAUAUUGAGCGAUAUUCCCAUGUGAUGCAUAUCAGCUCUACAGUGACAGGGGAACUGCUCGAUAAUUUAACAAGUUGGGAUGCUUUACGUGCUGCAUUACCUGUUGGGACAGUUAGUGGAGCACCAAAGGUUAAAGCGAUGGAGUUGAUAGAUCAGCUUGAAGUCAAUAGACGAGGGCCAUAUAGUGGUGGAUUUGGUGGGAUAUCAUUUACCGGUGACAUGGACAUAGCUCUCGCUUUGAGAACUAUGGUCUUUUCAACUGCAACACGAUAUGAUACAAUGUAUUCAUACAAAGAUGUUGAUCGAAGAAGAGAAUGGGUAGCUCACCUUCAGGCUGGGGCCGGCAUCGUUGCUGACAGUGAUCCUGCAGAUGAACAGAGAGAGUGCGAAAAUAAGGCUGCUGGCCUUGCCCGUGCAAUUGAUCUAGCCGAGUCAUCUUUCUUAGAGAGGGAGUAGAGAGUUCAAUUAGUGUCGGCUUUUUGUUUGAUGUUGAACUUGCAACACAAUUGCUGCUUUUAGAUGUAGGUUUUUUUUGUUAUUAUUAUUUAUAAAGAUGGAGAACCAGAGAAAUCAAAACUAUUCAACUUAGGGAAGAGUAUGCCGGAACUUGGGGCAUAGUGUUGUGUUGUAUGUUGAUAGAUAAAAUUGUUGUAUACUUGUAUUGGCUGUAUGCACAACUGCACAAGUGCACAACAAAGUUUGGUGGUAUAUUUAGUUUCAUAUUUUUUA